AUGGUGCACGGCCCAUGGAUAAAGCGCCAACGCCUUUCGGUGGACGGCGCAGAAGCUGUCACUGCGACAGUCGACGCUGAACAACCUACCUCAAAUGUUGAACCCUUACCGAACGAUGAGGAAGUCCGCAAGCAAAACCUCCAACAGCGCCGCUCGCUCUUCAUACGCUCGCUGGCGCCCUCUGUAACAACAGAACAUCUUACCGAGCUCUUCUCCGAGUCGUAUCCUAUCAAACACGCUCUCGCCGUUCUCGAUCCGACCACAAAGCAGUGCAAAGGAUAUGGUUUCGUUACGUUCGCAGACGCGGAGGACGCACAGCGUGCUAAGGACGAGUUGAAUGGUGCGGACCUACAGGGUCGUAAGAUCAGGGUAGAGAUUGCGGAGCCUCGUCACCGUGAUAUCGAUUCUGAAAUCCCCGGACACAAGAAGAGCACUCCCGCCGCCGCUUCGAUCAAGGCGAAGGAAGAACGCGAGCAAGCACGAAAAGAUCAGCAACCCCCCAAGCUUAUUCUUCGUAACCUUCCCUGGAGUAUCAAGACACCCGAAGAUCUAUCUAAGUUAUUCCAAAGCUACGGAAAGGUCACGAUCGCCACGCUGCCGAAGAAACCGAAUGGGGAACUUAAGGGCUUUGGCUUUGUGUUGUUGCGCGGACGCAAGAAUGCAGAGAAGGCUCUUGAGAACCUGAAUGGCAAGGAGAUCGAUGGCAGAGCAAUUGCUGUGGAUUGGGCGGUGGACAGGGAUACAUGGCAGAAUCUACAAAGCGCUCAGAGAGAAGAAGAAAAGGCCAAAGCUGAUGACGCGGAAGAUGAUUCGGACGCCGAAUCCUCAGUGCUGACCGAAUCUGAUGAGGACAGCGAUGAAGAGGAUGAGGAGGACGAGGACGAAGACGAAGACGAGGAUGACGAAGACAGCAACACCGACCUCGAAGACAUAUCAGAUGAUGAGGAUGGCGGCAUCAAAAUCGAACCGGAGGCGCCCCCACCGAAACAAGACCUCAGAACAAUUUUCAUCCGCAACCUUCCAUUCACUGCAGAUGACGACUCUUUAUUUGAACAAUUCUCGCAAUUCGGAAAACUACGCUACGCCCGUGUUGUCAUGGACCAGCAAACCGAAAAGCCCAAAGGCACAGGCUUCGUUUCCUUCGUUCGUGACGAAGACGCUACAAACUGCUUGAAGGGUGUACCUCGCAACGCGCCACAACCCAAAUCAAAUGACAAAAAACAAGGCUCGAACAUUGCACUUCCCAAUUCCGUCCUUGAAAACUCUGAGGCGGAUCCAUCAGGUGCAUACACCAUGGACGGUCGAGUUCUCCGACUUUCCCUCGCGGUCGAUCGCAACGAAGCUGCCCGUCUUGCGGCAGACCACCAUGCCGCUCGAUUUAGCCGUGACAAGGACAAGCGACGUCUCUAUCUCCUUUCCGAAGGAACCAUUGCCAAAGGCUCUCCUUUGUACGAGAAGCUCUCGCCCUCCGAGGUCACUCUUCGUGAGUCCAGUGCAAAACAGCGACAGAAGCUCAUUCAAACAAAUCCAUCGCUGCAUGUAUCGCUCACACGUCUUUCUAUCCGGAACAUCCCCAGAAGCAUUACGUCGAAGGAUCUCAAAGCGCUCGCUCGCCAGGCCAUCGUCGGCUUCGCUUCAGAUGUCAAGGCUAGCAAACGUCAGGGCAUCUCGAGGGAAGAAUUGACUCGUGGAUUCGACGCCGCUGCGGAGCUUCAUCGCAAGACGAAGGGCAAAGGUCUGGUCAAGCAAGCCAAAGUAGUGUUCGAGACCGAGGGUGGAAGCAAGGUCACCGAAGGCACUGGUGCGGGUCGAUCACGCGGGUACGGAUUCAUCGAGUACUAUACGCAUCGCAAUGCGCUCAUGGGUCUCCGAUGGUUAAAUGGUCACGCAGUCGAUUACAAGGUGAAGACCGAUAACCAGCCCAAGAGCAAGAAAACCCAAAAGGAGGCCUUUGAAGACAAAAAGAAGAGAUUGAUCGUCGAAUUUGCAUUGGAGAAUGCAAAUGUCGUACAUCGUCGAUCAGAUCGAGAGAAUAAGGCUCGGGAGUUCCCGAAACCGAAGGGUGAUGUCGAUGCUGGACCUAGUUCUACAGGUGGCGCUGGCAACAAGCGGAAGCGUGAUGAUGCAGAUGCAGCAAGAGGGCAAAAGGGCAAGGGUAAGAAGGCAGAUGGAUCAGAUACCGGGGAACGGGGAGACGAUGCCGGUUCCAGGGUUGGAGCUGCAGAGGACGACAAACUUGCGCAACGGUCGCGCAUCAUUCGCAAAAAGCGCAUGGCAAGGAGGGCGAAGAAGGGUGGCAAGGCCUAG